AUGAAGAGUCAAGCAAAGAUUCCUGUAAAUGUGUUACCAGAAAAAGAGGCAUGGCAUCUAUUCAAAGAAAAGGCAGGUGAUGUUGUCGACUCCUCUGAAUUGCAUGUUGUGGCAAAAGAAGUUGUCAAGGAAUGUGGGGGCUUGCCUCUAGCCAUUAUCACACUUGGAAUGGCAUUACAAGAUAAGGAUAAAAAGGUGUGGGAUCAUGCACUACUACAAUUACAGAGGUCUAAUCCUACAAACAUCAAGGGUAUGGAUCAAAAGGUGUUCUCUUCUUUGGAAAUGAGUUACAAUUACUUAGAAAGUAAGGAGGCCCAGUUAUGCUUCUUGUUUUGUUGUUUAUUUCCCGAAGGUUACUCAAUUAAUGAGAAAGAGAUGAUGAUAUAUGGGAUGGGGGAGGGUCUCUUCAAGGAUGUUGAUACAUUGGAAGAAGCAUCAUGUAGAGUUCAUAUGUUGUUCGACAAACUUAAGGCCACAUGCUUGUUGCUAGAAGGAGAUAGAUCAAACUCUGUAAAAAUGCAUGAUAUUGUUCGAGACGUCGCCUUAUCAAUAGCAUUAAGAGCUGAGCAUGGGUUUUUGGUAAAAGCCAAAGUAGGUUGGAAAGAGUGGCCACACAUUGAAAAUGUGCAGGAAUGUAAGAGGAUUUCUUUAGCAAACAAUGAAAUCAGUAAGCUUCCUGAUCAAAUUGAGUGUCCUCGGCUCCUAACCUUGAUUUUGGAAAGUAAUCAAUCUUUGAAAGAGAUUCCAAAUGGUUUCUUUCAAGGGAUGAAUUCCCUCAAAGUUUUGGAUAUUUGUGGCAGUAAUAUCUCAAUGUUGCCCCCAUCACUGGAGGGCCUAAAAAACCUUCGGUCACUGUGGUUGGAUAGAUGUCCUCAGUUAAAAGACGUUACUCUAGUUGGUGGAUUGAAGAAGCUAGAAAUACUUUGCUUACAAGAAACCGGCAUCUGUGAAUUGACAGAAAAAAUGGGUGAGCUACACAAUCUAAAGCUCUUGGAUUUGAUGCAUUCGAAUUCUCUUGAAAUGAUAGCUCCAAAUGUCAUAUCAAGGAUGACUUACUUAGAGGAACUGCGAAUGGGAAAUAGGUUUGGCAAGUGGGAGCUUAUGGGAAAUGGAGAUGCAAGACAAGCUAGCUUAGCUGAGAUGGCAUCCUUGUCUCGGCUAACCGUUUUAUACAUCCAUGUGGAAAAUGUUGAAUGCUUGUCUCAGGACAUCCCUGGUUCGUGGAAAAACCUGAAGAAAUUCCGCAUAUGUGUAGGUAGAGAUUACACAGACAGCAAAGCAGAAAGGAGUAUAAAAAUUGAGAAUUCACCAUGUCCAAAGGCAAAGUGGGUUGAGGUGCUGUUUAACAGAACAUACGAGCUAGAAUUAGUGCGGUGUGAGGGUCUCGACAAUCUCAUGCAAUCACAUGGACUAAGUUUCAACAGCUUAGAGAUCCUCCUUAUCAAAGAAUGUGGUGAAAUGGAACAUUUUUUAAUUGUGGUAGAAGAAGAGCCUCUGCGAAAUGUAUUCAAGAAUUUGAAGGUGUUGUCGCUGGAUGAGUUAAUGAAUCUAAAGAUGUUCUGCCGGGGCCCGCUUCUAGCCGAUUCCUUCCAAAACCUGAGAAAUCUCAACAUAUUCCAUUGUCAUAAAUUAAUCAAUAUCAUGCCAUCUGAUCUGCUCCAGAGUUUGGAGGAACUCGAUGUAAGUCACUGCCAUGAGUUAGUGGAAGUCUUUAACUUCCAGGGAACCUCAAAAGAAGAUGCUCUGCUUUCAAAAUUAAGGAAACUCAAAUUGUAUGAUCUACCAGAACUGACAAGUAUCUGGAAGGGGGCCAUACCUCCUCUUGGUAGCCACCACCAUCUAGAGUUCGUAAGUGUCAGAUAUUGUAGGAGACUGAGAUAUCUCGUCUCACCUGCUCUGGCAGAAAGACUUCAACUAUUAAAAGAUCUUCACAUUAGGUACUGUGAGAAGAUGGAGAAAUUGAUAGGGGUAGAAGUAGAAGAGAGCCGAAAUGCAUCAUUAUCGUCAUCAUCAGGGUCAAGGCAAUCAGAACUAAUGUGUCCCCUUCACUCACUUCCACAUGGAAGAAUGUUCCACAACCUUCAAACAUUGUACAUUUCUCAAUGUCAUAGCUUCAAGAAUCUCUUUUCGUUGAGUGUCGCCCAGGGUCUCUUUCAACUCGAACAUCUCUGUAUCUUCGAUUGCAAGGGAAUGGAGGUGAUAAUAGAAAAGGAGGCAGACGAUGAAGUGGUGGAUCAAGGCAUGCUUCCAAGGUUAAGGACUUUAGAAUUAUGGGUGUUAGAUCAGCUAACAAGCUUCUACCAAGGAGUUGGGGUACUUUUCGAUUGGCCUUCCUUGGAAUAUCUUCAUGUGGGGAGGUGUCAGAAUUUCAAGAAGAUCCAAAUGGGAACUCACAGCGCUCCAAACCUAAAGAGAUUCUCAUCAACCAAAGAAUGGUUGGAGGAGGUGGAGUGGGAAGACGAGAGCCUUAAAGCCCGCAUUCAACCCCUUAUUCAUCUGGUAGAAUGAGAGGCUCCUCAAGUGACAACUGCAGUGAAUAUUAGCGUUUGCAAGCAGCUUGGCGGUUGUUCAUCUUUGCAACAUGUGUUUCAGCUCCUCAA